AGCAGGUCAGGCUUCAGGUUGUACUUCCCGAGGACUCUAAGGAAGUGUAGCCGCUGCUGAGCCUUCUUGAUGAUUGAUGUGGUGUUGACUGUCCAGGAGAAGUCAUUAGAGAUGUGGACUCCAAGGUACCUGAAGGUGUGGACCCUCUCUACACGCUCGCCGUUGAUGUAGAGGGGGGCAGGGUCGGUGCUGCUCCUCCUGAAGUCGACGAUGAUCUCUCUGGUCUUGCUGGUGUUGAGAGCGAGGUUGUUCUCCGAAGACCAGGCCGUCAGCUUCAGGACCUCCUCUCUGUAGGCAGCCUCGUCACCCCUGGAGAUGAGCCCGACCACUGUGGUAUCGUCGGCGAACUUGACGUGAGUGACAAAUUUACUGAAAGCAUGUACGUCCUGGCCAAUGAGCCGUCCGUGGCUCUGUACAGACUGCAAGAGCACGUCAGGAGGUCCCUUCCUGAACUGGUGCAACAUAAGACAGACAUGCAGUGCUGGGAGGAGCAAAGUCAAGGAGCCAUCUACUCAGUAGAAUAUGCCUGCAGUGCGGUGAGAAGCAUGGCGAACAGCAGCGCGUAUUUCAAAAACAUUGACGGCCUCCUCCGACAAGCGAUCAGCAUGAAGGAGCAGAUCAGCGCCUCUCAGGGACGCAGUUUGCAUGACGCAACACCUUCACCCAGUCCCAAUGUCGCUGCCUCACAUGCAUCAUCCACCUCCGCGUGAUGGAGCUGUCUGUCCAAGAAAAAGGACCGUGGAUCCAGCCAUUCCAAGGGACACAGGAGACAGGCUCAACCCUGGAAUGUGACAACACUUCCCGGGCUUUUCUCCUUGGCUCCGCUACCUUUUGAUUUCAGCUGAAACAAGGUCAUAAAGAUCACAACUCCUACAACCCCCUCAAGCACAAGCUACCAAUGGAACAGCAAGCCCCAGCGCUGCCAGGUUCGGAAUUAAAAACACUUAAGUCAUGGACGCCACUCAAAGGACGCAUUGUUUUCUUGGGGCUUGUUGGACAAGAACAGAACUGCUUGUUUUCUCUCCGCCGGACAUUCAGUUGCAAUGCAUGCACCAUGUUUAGUUGAAAGGUAUCUGUCUUGGUCCAUACCUGCCAAGUAGACACACACUCCGAGGCAGAACAGUCCGACUGCCACAUGUCGCAGGGCUCUGCUGUCCAAAAGAAACCAAUCUGCUCUGUGGACACAAACAUUGCCUUUACUGUACAAACGAGCUUCAUUGCACCUACAUUUGUUAGACUUGCAUUCUAAAGCUCAUUACUAUUCACAUUGUUCCAGGGGAGAGAGGUUCUGAGGUCGGGGGGGCAAACCGUUGAAUUUGUAAGCCGACGUGGGAAAGAGCUAGCGACAAGCUGUGUGCUGACUACGUAAUGAAAAGGUUAUUGUUUAGACAGGCUUAUUGGAUCAGGUGGCAUUAUUUCAGUGUUAGCCACUGCACAACCACACAACUUUAUUUAUUUUUUAAAUUCCACGUUAGCCCAUUUUUAAUACAUUGCAUUGGGUGUGUUUACCAACACAUGAUUGUGCAACUAUGUGGCCAAUGGUAGAGGGACCUAAAUUAUCAAAGUGUGGCACAGGGAGUCUCACGGGACACUAUAAUAGUUAGGGCCUCCCUUACACCCCAACAAAUGUCGUGGUGUUUUCCACUCAACCUACUCUGUUUUUGUCAUUAUAGUAACUAAAAAUCAAUAAAUGUUUCCUUCAAACAAAACUGAAA